CACGCCAAAGAGGAAUGACAUCUUGUCAACAGUCCCCAUAGAAGUAGCAUUACAGCCAUAUUCCUAUUAACCCCGCCUUCUGCGCUCUGAUUGGUUGAAUAGCUCAUAAGGUAACCUUCUGAUUGGACACGACAGGAACUGUGCUCAAACGAUCCAUCCAUCCAUCCAUCCUUCCAUCCAUCUUCAGUAAGAGCUUUAUCCUGGUCAGGGUUGCAGUGGAUCAAGACUGGGCCCUAUCCCAGGAACACUGAGCGUAAGGCGGGAAUGCACUUUGGGCAUGCCACUGUGUGACACGAAGUAGCCACCUGCCCUAGUGCCUCUCCCCCUCUUCUGACCUCAUGACAACCCCACCACUUGGCCAGUUUCCUGCGCAGCAGGCGCAAGCAGCCCGGGAUGUAAACACAGCCUCACUAUGUCGCAUUGGACAGGAAACCGUGCAGGACAUAGUUUUAAGAACCAUGGAGAUCUUUCAGCUGCUUAGAAACAUGCAGCUACCGAACGGGGUCACGUACCAUCCUAACACACAUCAGGACCGACUGGGGAAGCUGCAGGAGCACCUGCGCAUGCUGUCUGUCCUCUUCCGCAAACUGCGCCUGGUCUAUGACAAAUGCACUGAGAACUGUGCUGGUCUGGAGCCCAUUCCUCCUGAGCAACUCAUCCCCUAUGUGGAGGACGACAGCUCCAAACUGGACGAGCGUGUAGCCAGUCAGAUGCGUUCAGCCAGCGAAGAGAGAAGAGAAGUGCUUGAGGUGAACAAGAAACUCAAACAGAAGAACCAACAACUGAAGCAGAUAAUGGACCAGCUCAGAAACCUCAUCUGGGAGAUUAAUUCCAUGCUAGCUGUGAGGAGCUAAAACACACACACACAAACUCACACUCACACUCACACACUCUCUCCCUCCCUCCCUCCCUCCCUCCCUCCCUCCCUCCACACGGCCCACUCGCAAGACAUAUUAUUGUCUACACACAUUGCGUUGAGAUGUGUUUUCACUGAGCAUAAAGUAGAAAGAUUGCAGCGACAGAAGGUACUGAGGUGAAAAAUUGCACGAGGGAAGGAGGAAGGAGGAACGGCGGAAUGAAACGGGGUAAAUUUCGCUGCUCGUUCGUGCUACAUGGUUGAGCAAGGAUUCAGUUUAUUUGCCUUGAAUUCAAUUUCCAGCAAGAAUAUUUAAAAGACAGAGUGGAUCUCUUAUUUGCUGUGAUAAAUUCAUUCUUAAUUGUAUUCCAAAUACUUGUAAAUCUGAAGAAUCCUUUUUUUUUUUUUUUUAAUCUAAAUUAAAUAUUUCAUAACAGAAAAUGUAGCAAGAAUAUAUGUUACAGUAUAUAUACUAUGUAAUAUAUAUUGCAAUGCUUUAAUUUUUAUUCAAUGCAAAGCCCUAUGUAAUGCCAGAAAUUCUGGCAGCUAUAUAAUGCAUUAAUUAUUAAACACUAUAUAUAACUAGUGCUUUAAAAAAACAAAAACAAACAAACAAAAAAACCUCUGAGCUUUAUUGUAUUUAUGAUCUGCUGAUUUGUUUGAAUGGGUUGACGGAUGGGAUUAGUGCUUUCGAUAUAAAAAUGUGCAGCAUAAAUAAAGAUAAACAUGUCUAAGUCGGACGUAAACACUUUUGACACAUGCAAAACAGUUGUUUCCCUGUGAAUGUUAAAUAGAAACUGAAGCCUGGUUUAUAUUUAGUCCAAACUGCUGUGAAGCCUCAGAAGAAUUUGGAGCGUUCAGUCUUUCAGAACAGGAGGACGAUCUUCGCUGUCUGUCAGACAACAAGGCGGGCAGUAGAUCUGUAAACGCGCACAUUUUAUCAUGUCUGUUCAAACAAAAUGGCGGCUCUUUGACUUUGGCGCUGUGGCAUCAUCUGAGGAGGGUGAUACAGAAUCACGUUUCUAAAGAACGAUUUGUUUGAUAUCGAUCAAAACAUAAUUGUGAUAAAAAAUUUAAGAAAACUUUAUUCAAGUGCUAAGUAAUGACGGAAAACUUUUUUUUUUUUUUUUUCUCCUUAUAAACUCUUUACAAAUUUACUGGAUGACAUCAUUUAAAAAUGAAGCGAAACACUUAUUUAUUCUGCCGGAGUAUUUAUUUAUCUCUACUGCUCAGGCAAUAAACUAGUUUUACUGUUUUAGAAGCGGUUUCAUUUAAAAGGAACGACACUUCCAGCUGUCUACGAUUUAAACGCAGUUAAACUAAAAGAUUAUGAUCUACACCUUUCGUGAUGAAGUGUGUUUGAGGAGCAAGUGUGUGAGACAUCCCACCGGUUUCUGUCUGUUCGUUCACACGUCUCUACCGGCCAAUCACAGCCGAGGCGAACGGGCACUAUUCCAAAACUACCUCCUUUCCGACGUGCCGGAUGUGUUGAACGAACGUCGUCACGCAAACAAAAUAAAAGAAAAGAAAUAAAUAAAUAAACAACACAAUCAUGUACCAUCAAAUAAGACUUUUAUUCAUUUUCUUAUAAAUCAUUCAUACAAAAUUGGCAUUAUUCUAUUUUCUUUAUUAUCUCUAUAAAAAUUCUUCUGUUAAUUACAGGAGAAAGGAGGGUGGACAGGAGGGUGCAAAGACAUAAUGUUUAAAAAAUAGAAGAAGCAGUUCUCAGAUGCUGAUGAGUAAGUAGUCCGAAGUGGUCAUGCAAGUCUGCAUUAAACCGAACCAACGUGCUCUCUGAGAGACAUGAGAGACUCCAGUGUAAGUGAAUACGAAGCUGUUUAUGUGGCACGUUACAUCCGAACAUCCCUUCUUCAUUAACGUGACAUGGUCAUAAAUUCAGAGCCCAAAUUGAAUCAAAGGCACAAUCAGGCAAAAGGUCACCGCUCAUGCCCGGUCAUGAUUCCAAGUGCUGUUUGACUUAUUGCUAAUCAAAAAGUUACGCAGGAGCUUUUUUUUGUUUUUUGUUUUUUUUUUUAAAAAUAACAUCUCGUUCUCGUAUUUAUGCUUUAUAAAGGUAGAAUCUCAGAACCAGAAUUCUCCGAACCGAACACGGUACAAAACGGCAGAAAAUGAUCCAAGUCUGAAACGUUGAACACAUUAGCUGGAGAAAGUCAUUUCCCUCACGGCUGCUGGUUACGAGUCUUUGGUGACGGAUUAUACAGCAGCGGCGGCGGCAGCAGCCUGAGCCUUCUCAACAAAGCAAAAAAAAAAAAAGUGCCAGUGAAUGCUGAACAAAUUGUUAACACUGUGAAAUCACAUACUCGUCAUCUGAUUUUGCAUUUAUACUCAUCACAUUGACGUUAGAGGCCAAGGCUGUAUUACGACAAGCUGCGCAUACUUGUGUCAGUUUGUGUUGGAAAGAAACAAAAAGGACAUCUUGCACAAAAUGACCUUUUAUGAUGCUGUACAAAUGUUGGAACAUUCUGAACAUUCUGUCCAUGAUUACGGUACAUAUUUGCAAGAAAAUAAAUACAGAAGGCUGCGUUCAUCGGCGUGCAAGGUGGAAAAUUGAAAAAUGUCAAACGAGAUGGUUAGAACAGUUCACAAUCGUAGAUCGAGGCUCGAUAUGAAAUUAAAUUAAGGAGGGUUUCUGAACUUCGUUCACCAGAUGUGUGCCACUGUUUCCUGCCAGCUACAUUAGCUAUCACUCUUUAAUUACCAUCAUCCGUCAUGUUUAAAGAUAGACGGAGAAAUUAAACACGGCUAAGCCUUCUGGAAAAUUGUCUUUACUCUGCAUUCAUAACACAUGGCGCUGCAAAUCAAAGCCUCAUCUCCGUAAUAAUGGAUUCUUACAAAAUCCCACAUCGAGAUGGUUAAGACAUAUUACAGACUGCAGACACAAAUACAUUCAGAUUUGCUUUGAGGUGUUUAAUUUCCUGCUCGAUCACCUAAAAACUGUCACUCCUCUAUCUGGGAUCGUGUCGAUAAUUACAAAUACAAAAUGUAAUCUGUAAACGUAAAUAGCUUGGGGAAAAAAAAAAAAAAAAGAGUAAAGAAUACAAAACAACCGAACAAUAAAUCCUCGUAUUCACAGAGCUUGGUUAUUCAAAACUGGAGAUAUUUGACAUUUCGCUGUGUGUUGAACACAAAAAUGUAACGUAGUGUUUGAGUAAUUGUGAGAUAAGAGCAUCAGGUGUUUGUUAAUGUUGUAGUGGGUACUGUGGUAAAAAGAACAAAGACGUGGGGGG